AUGCUGCCACCACCCCGCCCUUCCUUGGCAAUCAUAACUAUGGAGGACUUAGUUGAAUUUGUUCCUUCGUUGUAGAAGGUUGGUGAUAAGCUUAGGAGUAGAAGUUUAGAUGGAACCCGAACCGGCGAUGCAAGGGGAACGAGAUGGCAGAGCCCAAGUCCCGGGUGACUAUCGCCUGGAGGAGGAAAGAGCAAGGGAGAUGAUAAGGGUGUGCUAUGAGGAGGGCAUUUUACCAACAGAUAUCGAUCCAGGGGAGAUAGAAGUGACAGGCAGGGAAGUCAAGUUUAUUUUGAAUACCACGCUGGAUGAGAUCAAUAUUAAGUGGUUGAAGGAGAGGACGGUCACCGUCAUUUUCCGGGACGACGCCCAUUUUCUCCCAAAGAAGGUCAAGGAGGACGUUGUGAGAGCAUAUGAAGACGUGUGGAUGUGGGACGAGACCUUCGGGCAAGAAUUCAAGCGCGAAAGGAUUAAGGCAGAAAGUCCGAACGUGGUAUCAUACGUCCCAAGGGCUCAAGCCAUCUCCGGUUGGAUGUUGAACAAGAAAACGGACUACAUCGAUCUGGCUGGCACAACAUACAGAACAGAGUUCAAACCCUGGUUGACGAGAGCGGAGAUUGAGGAUUGGAGGCAAUUGAUUGAUCAAGGCACCUUCUGGGUGGUGGCUGUAGGCGUGCCUCUGGAUGGAAUGCCCUUUCUCCACGUACAUGUGGAGAAGGCCAUUGGGAAAGUGUUGAUGCAACAUAAACCGGAAGCAGAUGAAUCGGACCCGAAGUUGGUGAACUUAAGGUUUGAUAUCGAACCGGCGAGUAGGGAGAACAUGAAAGAUAAAAUCUUUGUUCAAACAUGCCAAGGGGAUGUGCUGGAAGUUAAACUUGCGAAUGCUGACUCAGCAUGGUGUAAAAGAUGCCUCACGUUCUUCCACACGGAACUCACUUGCGGAAGGACGGAUCGUUGAAACCAAGGAGGGGCCCGUUCAAGUCAACUGCAAGCUUCGUCAACACCUCGGGCAGCGGAACCACAAGCGGGGUACGUCGGCACCCUUAGCGCUCCAGGUAUUUCGACAAGUCAACCCCCCUUGGGGGUCCAACAUACGGCGGCGGGCUUCAACCUUCCUGAAGGGGCAGCCCGACUUUCUCACCGGGUGCUAAUCAAGUUUUGUCCCAUAUGGGUGCAGGAAUGAUUCAUGGUGUGUAAUCAAGCGUUCCCGUCUCU